AUGCCAGAAGAUGAUCUAGCUGAAGUUGUGACUCAUAAAACUAAAAGAGUAGAAAAAGAAUUAGAUUACAAGCAUCUUCUAGCUCAUAUAAAAAGAAAAGUAUCUCAGCCACAUCAUAUCGGCGAUGAAUUACAUGUUCUCAUGAUA